CAAUUUCUAUAUAAAUAAUAUGCUUUUAAUGGUAGAUUUCAUUUAUAUUAUUUUUUUGGUCACUACUAUGUUUAUACGUGUUUAUACAUACACGACGUUCUCAUAAACACAUCUAUAUAUAGUAUAUAUAUAUAUCGGCUUCUUUCGGUUAUCCGACACACCCACACGUAACAUUUCGUUGUGUGCGAGGCGUGCUGAGCUUGAGAGAAGGGGUAGAAAUGUUCUACGAUCUGACUUCACUACUGUAUAUACAUCAUUCGAUGUUUACAAAGAUGGCGCUAAUCAUAUAAAAUCAAAGUUUGCUUGCUUGCGUGCGUGUGCGUGUGCGCGUGCAUGUGUGCGUGCAUUUAAGUGUGUUUAUAGGUUCGCCGUGUAAUGUUGUUUUUUUCAUGUGUACAUUGAUCCUCGAUAGAAAUUUUAUGUAAGGAAAAUUUGAAUGUCAUGAAAAAAUUGUAAUUAGGUACGCCGAUGACGUUGUUGAUUUUCUUCAAAGUAUUUAUGUCGAUGCGUAUAAUAAGAAAAGUUUGGCGGCGAAUUCUUUGAUAUUAGAUUAUUGUUUAAAAGUUCAUAGAGAUAUAUCUUAUUAUAAUUCUUUACUCAUACAUAUUGUUAGUAAAAUUAAAAAAAACAAAAAUGGAUAUAAUUAUAAAAUUAAAUGAACAAACAGCAGGUAGAGAUAAAAUUAUCAGAUUGCUGCAAUAUGGAAGUAGAGCUUAUUGGUAUUACGCGCAAAAUAUAAACAGUACAAGACAGUCUUCUGAUGUUCUACGCAGCUUGGAAUAUACUUUUAGUUCUUUCAGAAAAUUACUUCGUCUUGGAAGAUGUUUGGAUAGCUUUUAUUUGGCUUUGUCAUCAAUGAGAUAUCCAGAUUUAAUAGUAAGAGUCACUUUGACUUUAUCCAAAAUUGCUAAUGCCUUGUUCCUUUUAGCGGAUCAUAUUAUUUGGUUAGGUCGUGUAGGAAUUUGCCGCGUUGACAUAGAAAAGUGGAGUAAAGUUGCUAAUAAAUAUUGGUUAAUGAAUAUUAUAUUAAAUUUAACGAGAGAUGUUUAUGAAAUUGUUAAAUUAUACGAACAAGAACAAUUCCAUUCGUGUAAAAAAAUUUCAACGACAUUUCAAUGUAAAUCGAUUGAUAAAUACAACAUUGCAUUGUCAUGUUUGAAAGAUCACAAAGACAUUGUUAUGGAUACACUUAAAAAUGGAUGCGAUCUAUUUAUCCCAUUGACAGCAUUAGGCUACACCAAGUUAACACCUGGAAUUGUAGGCAUCUGUGGAUUGGUCUCUUCUAUGCUAGGACUUUAUAUAUUAGUACAUCCUUUGUAUAAAUUAAAGCCAUCAUAACCAUACAUGUAUAUUAAUAUAUAAAAAAUGCCAAUGCAUUUAAUGUAAGUUGUAAAAUGUAUCAUAGUUAUAUUAUUUUUCAUGAUUUUAUUGAGCA